CCACUUUAUUCUCUUUAAAUCCCAUCUCUCUCCAACCCCUAAGCCAAACCCUCUCUCACACAAACGCACAUAUGCAAACACACGACACGAUGGAGGUUUGUUCGACAGUCACGACGAAGAAGCUCUCGAGCCUGGCGAAGCUAAUCCACUUCACCAUCCAGAAGGUUUCAGACGCCUCACGUCACAAACUCCUAACCACCCUCGAUCCACAGCUACUCGCGAAACGUGGCAAGAUCCUACGCAAAUCCUUAAACAACGCUGUUUCAACCUCCCACUCCCGUAUCACUUGCCGUCAAGACGUCCGAUCAUCGUACAUCUCCCCUGUCCCGAUCCAGCUUGACUACGAGUUCAGCUGCAGCAGCACCCCGCCGAGACGUUCUUACGCCACCACCGUCACCAAAGGACGACGUAGCAACGGGUCUCACAACAAACCGCUCAUCAACAAGCGCCAACGCCAAGCGUAUAUACGGUACAACACACUCCCCAAAGUUCGUGACUCCAUCUGGGACCGACACGUGACGUCGGCCGUGUUUCCGGACGUAGCUAGCAGCACAGGUACGAUGGAAAGCUGCCACGUGGACAGAGCUGCGGAGGAGUUUAUACAGAGGUUCUAUAGACAGCUGAGGUUGCAGAAGUGGAUGAUGGCUCAGGAGGUUUAAUUCAUCAGAGCGUUACUUUCCGUUUUACAAAAUAUCAAAAAAUCAUAGUAUAAUUAAUUAUUAAUAGGUAACUUUCGUAGUCAUGUUUUGAUUUCUAAUUUUUCCUUGGAGUAGUAGUAUAUAUAAAUUUCCUAGUUUUCAAGGUUUUUAUUUUUCCUUUUGUGUAAUCCAUGAUCAUGUUUCGGAUCUGCUUGGAUAAAUUUGUAGGAUAAUCAAUCGUCAAUAUGAGUGAGGGGUGUAUAUUAUAUAUAUAUACAUAUCUGUUUUAUCAUAUGUUAAUCAUGAAAAAAAUAGAAGUAUAUAUGCAAGAUUACUUGCCUCUAA